CCUGUCCAUCACCAACUCCCGGAGCUUACUCAAACUCAUGCAUUUUACUAAUUUGGUUUUUUAUUUCUUCUUCACUAAAACGUAAACUUUCUGUGGACAGACCUGUUUUGUUCACUGCUGAAUCUUUAAUACCUAGAAUAGUAUGUGGUCCAUAAUGGCUGCUCCUAAAUGUCUGAGCUAGUGAAUGACAAGUGCACUCCUUGCAAGUUCUCCCUGUAGUAAAACCAGACAGGUUAAACACAGUCAGCAAAUUGUGGAACAAUAACAAGUUCUACUGGAGCAGAGAGGGAGAAUGAAUGCAAGAGAUUGCGUUUAAGGCUUCUGAGAGGAGAUGAUACUUAAGGCUGAGACUUAAGACUGUGAGUUCCAGUUAAACUAAGAGGAGAAAGGCAUAGAAGGAGCAUCAUUAACAGAGCUACUGGGAUGAAGAGAACCUGCUCCAAAUUAUUCCUUCAUUCAUUCACCCUAGGGAUACACGAAAGGAGACAGAAGGUAAGACCUAAGUUUAUGGUAAAGACGACCAUGGUGGUGGGGGGUCUUUCACUGUGAGAAGAGGUAUAAUGAAUUUGGUUUCAGACAGGUUGAAUUUUAGGUCUCUGUGGAAUUUCUUUUUCUAUUAUAUGUUUGAAAUAUGAACAAUAUUAGAAUAAUUUCUGUUCUAGGUUCCUUCUUCCCAUCAAAAAGUGAUUCAGUAUACUGGAAGAGCUCAAUUGCCUCAAAAAAUCUCAGUUUUGUUGUUUGGUUCAUGACAUGCUAUCAUCCUUAUUUUUUCCUGAAAGCCUUUAAAGGCCCUUCUCACUUAAGAAAGUGCAAGAUAAAAGUUACUGUACUUUUAAUAAAGUAGCCAUUGGAGAUAGUACCAGUCUCAAAUUCUAUAGAAAGUUGUGUUUCUCUUCAGUGCUCUUUCCUUUGAAGAUACAUACUGUAUCUUGGAAUUUUAAGACAAAAUUUGUUCACGACACAGUCUGUUCAGAAAUUCAGAUGUCAUCUAAUAGAUUUGAAGGCCCUUCUCAGAUUUUUUUUAAAAAGAAGUCUUCUUGUUCACUCAUUACAAGGCACUCUGUGCCAUGGUUGCUUGCUAAUAUGUUAUUACACCAUAAUGACUGGGUUAUCUCUGUGUGUAGGUGUGGCAGAAAGACUGACCAGAGAUUCUUUACACACUGGGUACCCUUGAAGACCUCUUUGACUGGAAAGAAAGCAGUUAAGGCAGUCCUGUGGGUAUCAGCAGAUGGACUCAGAGUUGUGGAUGAAAAAACUAAGGACCUCAUAGUUGACCAGACAAUAGAAAAAGUUUCUUUCUGUGCCCCAGAUAGGAACUUUGAUAGGGCCUUCUCUUACAUAUGUCGUGAUGGCACCACUCGGCGCUGGAUCUGUCACUGCUUCAUGGCCGUCAAGGACACGGGUGAAAGACUGAGCCAUGCUGUAGGCUGUGCCUUUGCCGCCUGUUUAGAACGUAAGCAGAAGCGGGAGAAGGAAUGUGGAGUGACUGCUACUUUUGAUGCCAGUCGGACCACUUUCACGAGAGAAGGAUCAUUCCGUGUCACCACAGCCACCGAGCAAGCGGAAAGAGAGGAGAUUAUGAAACAAAUCCAGGAUGCCAAGAAAGCUGAUACAGAUAAGACAGCUGUUGGUUCAGUGGCCCCUGGCAACACUGCCACCUCUCCAUCCCCUCCCACCUCUCCCCCUCUGGAUGCCACUGCCUCUCUGGAGAUGAACAAUCCUCAUGCCAUCCCACGCCGGCACGCACCAAUUGAACAGCUUGCUCGCCAAGGCUCUUUCCGAGGAUUUCCUGCUCUUAGCCAGAAGAUGUCACCCUUUAAACGCCAACUGUCCCUGCGCAUCAACGAGUUGCCUUCCACUAUGCAGAGGAAGACCGAUUUCCCCAUAAAACACACAGUGCCAGAGGUAGAAGGCGAAGCAGAGAGUAUCAGCUCCCUGUGUUCACAGAUCACCAAUGCCUUCAGCACACCGUGCGAGGAUCCCUUCUCAUCCGCCCCGAUGACCAAACCAAUGACGGUGGUGGCACCACAGUCUCCUGCCUUUCAAGCUAAUGGCACUGACUCAGCCUUCCAUGUGCUUGCUGCUAAGCCAGCCCCUACUGCUCUAGCACCCGUAGCAAUGCCUGUGCGUGAAACCAACCCUUGGGCUUAUGCCCCUGAUGCUGCUAACAAGGGAAUUGCAACCACACAUUCGGGGACCGAGUGGGGUCAGUCUUCUGGUGCUGUAUCUCCAGGUCUCUUCCAGGCUGGUCACAGACGCACUCCCUCCGAGGCCGACCGCUGGUUGGAGGAGGUGUCCAAGAGCGUCCGGGCUCAGCAGCCCCAGGCUUCAGCUGCCCCUCUGCAGCCAGUCCUCCAGCCGCCGCCACCCACUGCCAUCUCCCAGCCAGUGCCACCUUUCCAAGGAAAUGCAUUCCUCACCUCUCAGCCCGUGCCAGUGGGUGUGGUCCCACCCCUGCAGCCAGCCUUUGUCCCUGCCCAGUCCUAUCCUGUGGCUAACGGGAUGACCUAUCCAGCCCCUAACGUGCCUGUGGUGGGCAUCACUCCCUCCCAGAUGGUCGCCAACGUGUUUGGCACCGCAGGCCACCCGCAGGCUGCCCAGCCCCAUCAGUCUCCCAGCCUGGUCAAGCAGCAGACAUUCCCACAGUACGAGACAAGCAGCGCUACUGCCAGUCCCUUCUUUAAGCCUCCUGCUCAGCACCUCAACGGUUCUGCAGCUCUCAAUGGUGCAGACGACGGCAGGUUGGCCUCAGGAGACAAGCAGACCGAGGCUCCUGCAGGCACCUGCACAGUGGAUCCCUUCGAGGCCCAGUGGGCGGCCUUGGAAAGCAAGUCCAAGCAGCGUACUAACCCGUCCCCCACCAACCCUUUCUCCAGUGAUUUACAGAAGACUUUCGAAAUUGAACUUUAAGCAGGCCUUAUGGGCUUAUGUGUUUUGUCUGUACUUAGGCCCAGGUGGGGGGUGGAGGUCAGAGGAGAAAAGGGGACUUUGCAUUCCCAACCUGUAUGCUUUUCACUAAUCCAAAGGUCCCCAAGGGCAUGUCCAGGCAUAGCAUGUGGAAGUGGGCAAUUGAAAAAAGUGGAGAGACCCAUUCCUAGGGAAGAGCUGUUUUGCAGUUAGACUAAGAAAGUCAAGGAGCUGUCAUCCUCUGCCCUGCCUCCUCCCUCAGCCACUUACCAGUCUCUGGCAACAGAGAGGCAGAAGUAUCUGAACAGGAAUCUGUAUUCAAAGCACAUUUACUGGAAUAUAAAACAAUGGGAAGCGAAACGAUCUCCUUUUGUUUUUCAGGCCUUUCACCUGCCUGCUUUCAGCACUGGCCUUCUUAAAGAUCGAGAACAGGGAGGCCAGUGCCGGGGCUGGGGACGAGAGUCAGGCUGUGCUGCUAGAAUUCCCAGCAGGGCCCGUCAGGAGCUGCCCAGCAGAGCUGUAUUUUAGGGGUAAAGUUGAGCUUCCAUUUUGAGUAAGAAUAAAUAUUAUAAAUAUAUAUAUCAAAAAGCCAAAAUCUUUAUUUUUAUGCAUUUAGAAUAUUUUAAAUAGUUCUCACUAUUAAAAAAUUGUAUGAGUUGUAAGUAAUCUUGCCAAAGGUAAAAGGGUUAGCUGUAAGAAAUUGUACAUAAGAUUGAUUUAUCAUUGAUGCCUACUGAAGUACAGAGGAAGGGCUGGUAGUUGCAGGUGGGAUCCCUAGCUCACUUGUUAUCAUUCACUGUAAGGAGCACACUGCAACAACAAUCACGCUUAUGACCAGUAUGGUCAGCUUGGUAGUAGUUUCAAAUAAAGAGCAAGCAGUAUUGUCCUGGUUUUACAUCUGUAAUGAAAUUCUAAUGUCAUUAUUUUAAUGGGUUCAAUCUAAAUAGAAAAUGUAUUUUCUUUUCUAUACUGCUGCAGUUUAUGUUAAUCCUUUAACACUAAGGUGACUGAUGUAAUCAUAUCCAUGAGACGGGAACACAGGUUACCGUGUUGUCCUGUAGGUCUUGGUGGGUUUUGUUUUGUCCUUUUAAGUUUUGUUCCCACGAGUUUUGUGGGGAUGGAGGUCCUAGUCUUGUUAGCACUGCGUGUGUGUGCGUGCGUGUGUGUCCAUCCCUCUCCUUGUGGUGAGCCGAACAUCCUGUUGCCAGUUGUAGCCACUUGACCUCUGGUGACGACAUAAGAUCCCAUCUCAUUUUUACUUUUGAACGUUGGCCUUACAAUCAAAUGUAAGUUAUAUAUAUAUAUUUGUACUGAUGAGAAUUUAUAAUCUGCUUUAACAAAAAUAAAUGUUCGUGGUAGAA